AUGCAUACAUCAACAUUAGAAAUUGAUUUAGAAUAUCUUUCUAAAUAUUUUCAUAUGCCAAUAAACUCUGUUGCCAAAGAAAUUGGAGUAUGUGCCACAGUUUUAAAAAAAGUUUGUAGAAGAAAUGGAAUUCCAAGAUGGCCUCAUAGAAAAAUUAAAUCAUUGGAUAAAAUGAUUUCCAACCUUGAAAAUAUGACACCAAAAACCAAAGAAGAAGAAAUUAAAAUUCAAAAUGAAAUCGCCAUUAUAAAGAAAAAGAAAAAUUAUUUAAUUAAAAAUCCCAAUGUUUUGGCAUCAAAAAAUCAAAAUUACUUAAUCAAUACCAUUGGCGGUAUGGGCCUUGACAAACUUAGUGAUGAUGAAGAUGACGAAAGUAGUAGUAGUAGUGGUAGUAUUGGCAAUCAUUCCUCACCCCAACUUUCUCCAACCUUGUCCCCAAGUGUAAAUAAUAAUUUCCAACCAAUUUUAUCCUCAUCUUCAUCUGUCCCACUUUCCCCAAAACAGCCAUUAUUUUUAUCAUCUUCAUCAUUAUCAACAACAUCAAUAUCCUCUCCAUCAUCAUCAUCAUUAUUAUCUUCAUCACCUUUGUCUAAUAGUAACUACAAAAUACCCAAACAACAACAACAACAACAACAACAACAACAACAACAACAACAACAACAACAACAACAACAACAACAACAACAACAACAACAACAACAACAACAACAACAACAACAACAACAACAACAACAACGUUUACCAGUCCAACCACACUUACAAUUUUUACCACAACAAAUUCCACUUCAAGCACAACCACAAAUUAUGUCACAAAAAAUUUCAUCUCAACAACUUUUAUCACAACAACAAAGACAACCAAUACGACAACAACCUUUAUCACCACAACCAAUAAAAUCAUCCUUAUUAAAUAUUUUAAAUGAUGAGUAUGAUAUAACUUUACCAAAAUUAAAUAUACCUGAAUCAUUCUCAGAAUCUCCUUUAAAAACAUUGGAGCCAAUUUUAAAUAAUAAUAAUAAUAGUAAUAAAAACAACAACAACAACAACAACAACAACAACAACAACAACAACAACAACAACAACAACAACAACAACAACAACAACAACAACAACAACAACAACAACAAUAAUAAUUGUAAUAGCAAUAAUUCCAAAAAAAGUUUAAACAUAAUCCCAACACAAAAUCACAAUAUUUUACCACAACAACGUUAUAAUCCAUACGAUCAAGUACAAACUCAACAACACCAACAACAAUUUCCAAACUCAACAUAUGUAAACAAUUUCAACCAAUAUAAUAAUAAUUAUAAUAAUAAUAAUUAUUAUAAUAAUUUCUACAACACUAAUAAAAGUAAUGGUAGUAGUCUUAGUGACCAUAUUGAUAGCGCCAAUAUUUUAUCAAAUUUGUUUCAAAAUAAAGAAUUCGAAAUGAAUCUUUCUCGAGCAGAUUUGAAUAAUGCAAUGGCAGUUAUGGUAAUGGCCACCUUAAUGAACCAUUCUGCAAAUAAUGUUGUUUCAAAUUCAAAUAAUAAUAACUCAAACAACCUCAACAAUUCCAACCAUUUAAAUAAUGGAAAUAAUAACAAAAUGGAUUUAACAAGAGUUGUUCCAGCCUUCCAAAAUUCUAUUGUAUCAUUUGAUGAUCAACUUUAA